AUGGCGCCGCCUAUCCCCGUUAUUCUCUGUGGCAGAACAGAGAAGAUUGGCGCUGGCGUUAUUGCGGCACUGAAGCCCGAGUUCGAAGUGAUUCACUUUGUCAUGACCCUCAACGCUGGUCUUGAUCAGAUACCGGCUCUGCUGAAGGGUGAGACCGAGGUGCCGUCACACACUGAACUAGGCUCCAACAAUUACGCACGUGGAGUGGGGGCCAUCAUUUUGGGGGCCGGAUAUGAGGAUGAAGACAUUCGGCAACUACGCGAGGCGGCCACACCCUUUUCAUCUGUACCCUGGCUGCGACCUGACACCACCAAGCCCGCGCCUCCUUUAGGCCCAGCAUACGGACAAGCCUUGGUUGAGCGGAUCAAGGAGACUGUGAACGGCUUGCAGGCAAGCGGGGUAUUUGAGGUGGAUUCAGUGGUGUUUUACUAG